UCCAGUAAACAAAAACACGUUGUACUUUUAUUAAAUAAUUUCGGUAAAAAAAUUAAUAAUAUUUUAAAAAAUUAUUGAAUGUUUAAACUUAUUUUAAAAUAAAAACCCUACUGAUUCUGAAUUCUGAAGUACUACUUUAAAAAAUGGGUAAACAAAAGAAAACACGUAAAAUACAAAAGCAAAGAUUAGCUCAACUAAAAAGACUUAUUAAACCAACAGAUGAUCGAAUUAAAGAAGAGUUACGUGUUAUUAGAAAAAAACCAGAAAAUCCUCAUAAUCUUAAAAUAAAUGAUGCUCCUCAAGUUAGCUCAGCUUUAUUUUUCCAAUAUAAUACACAACUUGGACCACCAUAUCAUAUACUUGUUGAUACAAAUUUUGUUAAUUUUAGUAUUAAAAAUAAAUUAGAUAUAAUUCAAAAUAUGAUGGAUUGCCUCUAUGCAAAAUGUACACCAUAUAUAACUGAUUGUGUUCGAGCUGAAUUAGAACAAUUGGGUGCAAAAUAUAAAUUAGCCCUAAGAAUUAUAUCUGAUCCAAGAUUUGAAAGAAUCCAUUGUAUGCAUAAAGGUACAUAUGCUGAUGAUUGCAUAAUUAACCGUAUAACACAACAUAAAUGUUAUAUUGUUGCUACAAAUGAUAAAGAUUUAAAAAAUAGAAUUAGAAAAAUUCCAGGUGUACCUAUAAUGUAUGUUGCAUCGCAUAAAUACGCUAUUGAAAGAAUGCCGGAAGCAUAUGGUGUUAAAGGCAAUUGAACAAAUAAUUCUAAAACACUCAAAUGGUCAUUUUAUAUGUACAUAUUUUAAAAUUGAAAUCAUGUGAAAUAAUGUUUUUCUGGAUAAAGAUAUUAAAAUAAAAUAUCAGUUUUGU